AUGGUGAAACAAAAUGUGAGUUACAAGAUUGGUGAUGACAUGAGUAUUUCCAUGUGGUAUGAUAAAUGGUGUUCAGAAGGUCCAUUGAGUAAUUUUAUUUCUAAGAGAAUUCUUUAUGAUACCAUAAUGGAUGUGAACACGAGAUUAAGCACUAUGACUAAUAAUGGACAAUGGAUGUGGCCUGAAGGUUGGGUGGAAAGAUUUAAUAUUUUGCAAAAUAUUACAGUGUUUUGUUUUUGCAAAUGGACAAGAAGGAUAAAGUUGUUUGAGUUACUAGAGUCUAGAGAUAAACAGCAAGUGGAAUUCUCUACUAAGCAGGCAUGGCAGGAUAUGAGGAUUAACUGGCCAAAAGUUGUUUGGAAUGAUGUGAUUUGGUUUAAGCAAUUUGAUACAAGACAUGCUUUUAUACUUUGGCUUGUAAUACAGGGGAGAUUGAUGACAUUGGAUAGAGUUGCAAAAUGGAAUCACAAUGAUAGUUUGCAAUGUGGACGCUGCAAUUCUGGAAGUGACAAUCAUGAACAUCUAUUUUUUCAAAUGCAAAUAUACUGA